GUUGCUUGCUCGUCACAUGAGGUAGGAGUCAUUACACAGACACGUGAUUCCAGGUCGAGACUUAUAAAAAGACGACUAGCGAGAAUCAGAUGUUUGGUCGGAGGAAGAAAUUUGCCUGAGGACGACUGUGAGCGCAGCAGCACAGGAUGUAUCGACUGGUCCUCCUCGUCGCCAUGGUGACGGUGUCUGUCACCGCAGCUCAAUCCCGCCCCCAUCCCCUCUCCUCAGAUAUGGUCAACUUCAUUAACAAGCUUAACACCAGCUGGACGGCUGGACACAACUUUCAAAAUGCUGAUGUCAGCUAUGUGAAGGGUCUGUGUGGGACAAUACUGAAUGGGCCCAAGCUGCCUGAGGUGGUUCACAAUGUUGAGGACUUGCGGCUUCCCGACAGUUUCGAUGCUCGCCAGCAGUGGCCCAACUGUCCCACUAUCAGUCAGAUCAGAGAUCAGGGCUCGUGUGGAUCCUGCUGGGCCUUCGGGGCAGUUGAGGCGAUGUCGGACAGGAUAUGCAUCCACAGCAGCGCCAAGAUCUCCGUGGAGAUCUCAGCUGAGGAUCUGCUGUCCUGCUGUGAAGAAUGUGGCAUGGGAUGUUUUGGUGGUUAUCCCACUGCUGCUUGGGAAUUCUGGGUGAAGAUGGGGCUGGUGACAGGAGGCCUGUACAACUCCAAAGUCGGCUGCAGGCCUUACACUAUUGCAUCUUGUGACCAUCACGUGAAUGGAAGCCUUCCUCCAUGUCAGGGCGAACAGGAGACUCCCAAGUGUGUGCAGCAGUGCAUUGAUGGCUACUCUCCAGUCUAUAAGAAGGACAAACACUUUGGCAGGCAGUCGUACAGCGUCCCGUCCAAGCAGGAGCAGAUCAUGGCCGAGCUGUACAAGAACGGGCCGGUGGAGGCAGCCUACACCGUCUAUGCGGACUUUCUGGCUUACAAGACUGGUGUGUACCAGCACGUGACCGGGGAGAUGCUGGGCGGUCAUGCCAUCAAGAUCCUGGGCUGGGGAGUGGAGAGCGGGACGCCGUACUGGCUGGCUGCCAACUCCUGGAACAACGACUGGGGAGACAGAGGUUUCUUCAAGAUCAAGCGUGGAAACGAUGAGUGUGGUAUUGAGUCGGAGGUGGUUGCAGGAAUCCCACUGAACUAGCAAGAUUUUUACUGCAAAUAUGCAAUUCAAGUCAUUUAAAUAUGAGUAGAUUUCAUGUAGCUAAUCAACAAAUUAGGCACUGGGCAACACUCAGAGACGUUUAACUGCUGUAUUGUUAUAACUGUAAAUAAAGACCAUUCUGAUUUGCA